ACAAAACCAAUUCCACGAGCUAAUAUUUUUCCUGAUUUUCAUCAAUCUAGAAGAAAUGAUGACGAAGGUUGGAAAACUGAAGAUAAGCCCAAAAACAAAAACAAAAAAUGACGAGGAAAAGUGAAGAGAAGGCCAACAAAAAGAAACAAAAACCAACGAAAAGACAAUAGGUUCGGUUCCGAAGCUGCUAAUGACCGUUGCACCGUACCUAGAGUUUAAAAUUGCCCGAAACACAACAGAAUCGCAAUCACAAUCAUUUUCACCAUUCUCUCUCCGAUCCAACAGCGAUGGUGUCGAAGGUGAAGAGAGGCCCAGUCAAGUCCAUCAAGGACAUCCGCACCAACAACAACCGCCGCUGGCGCCGGAAAUCCCCCGUAACCAAUGUGGUCGCGGCCUCCUCCGCCGCGCUGGCCACCAUCCGCCGCCGCAUCACGAAGCUCUUCUCCAAGAUCACGCGCCUCAGCACCACCCACAAGAGAACCUCCUACAAGAUCCUCAAAAAGACAGCGACCACCGACGACCUCGACGCCGUUCGCCGGACCCUCGUGUUCGACGGCGGCGACGCCCCGCUCCUCCCCCCCUCCCUCUCCCUCCGCCGCACCGUCUUCCUGGACCUCGACGAGACCCUGGUCCACUCCCAGCUCUCGCCGGCGCCGGAGCGCUUCGACUUCAUCGUCCGGCCGGUGAUCGACGGCGUGCCCAUGGACUUCUACGUCCUGAAGCGCCCCGGCGUCGACGAGUUCCUGGAGUCCCUGGCCGCCAAGUACGAGGUUGUCGUUUUCACGGCGGCGCUGAAGGAAUACGCCUCCAUGGUGCUGGACCGGCUCGACUGGAAGCGGUUCAUCUCGCACCGGCUUUAUCGUGACUCGUGCCGCAACGUCGACGGGAAGCUGGUGAAGGACUUGUCGGAAAUGGGCCGCGACCUGACCCGGGUGGUGAUCGUGGACGACAACCCGAAUUCUUUUUCCCGCCAACCCGAGAACGCCAUUCUUAUUCGGCCCUUCGUCGACGACGUCUUCGACCGCGAGCUUUGGAAAUUGAGAAACUUUUUUGAUGGGUCCGAUUGCUGCCAUGAUAUGAGAGAUGCUGUUAAGCACUAUUUCACUCUGCAACACCCACGCUAGCUAGUUGAACAAUUAUUUACUUGUUCAAUCUAUGUCUCUUAAUUAUUCUUUACUUUUCAUCUCUUUGUUUGUUGGAGUUGCAAAAUGUACCACACUUGCAUUAUUCACA